AUGACAGACGAUAAGGAGCGGUUUUUUCGAACUAUCUGGCGUCUGAACAUCAUGCCUAAAUGGAAACUUUUUCUUUGGAAAUUAUGGCAGAAUAGCCUCGCUACCACGGAUAAUCUUGAAAAUCGCGGCCUUACUGCCUCGGCAAACUGCCCUAUUUGCUUGGAGGAUCGUGAGGAUCCUCAACACCUAUUUCGGUUUUGUCCGCUGGCGGUAGAAGCUUGGGACCUCAAUCUUUGUCCUCUUGUUCCCCUUACGCACCCAGAUGCGGCUAUGGACUUCAAAAGCUGGCUCGUACACCAUGUCCUGCAUUUCGCGGGUACGCAAGGUUUGCAGGGUCAUACCUUGCCAGUGUUCAUCGGGAUUUUGUGGGCUAUUUGGAAGACUAGGAAUGCUCAUAUUUUUAAUGCCUCACGUGCUACCUUGGAGGCCUUCCGUGCCUUCUUUCAGGAAGGACAAAAUCAGCAACUCGUGUUUUCUACUGCUAUAAGCACGCCUACCGAUCUUCUGGGUGGUCAACCUCCGGGGUUUAAGAUGGUAACGUUUGGUCUUUUUAAUCAGGCUCACCAUACGCUUCUAAUUUGUAGUGAUGGCUCUUGGGACACGGAUUCUCACAAUGGCGUAGCUGCCUGGGUGGCCGAUGUCCCUCUUUCGGAAUAUCAAGUUUCCGGGACUCAGGUUAUGAGGGCCGCUCAGCCUUACAAAUCGAAGCACAUGCCUGUCGUCUUGGUCUUCUGUGGGCUCAUACUAAUGCUUUUGAAAAUGUCCUGGUCUAUACGGAUUCGGAAAUGCUUAUCAAUCUCUUGA